AUGUGUACGCUGUUGGUCGUAAUUGCAAUCUUCUCGGGCGCCGAUUCCAUCAGCCCGUCCCUCCAAUUUUGGUCGAACUCUCGCUUUUUUGACGCGUAUUCUGAGAUUGUUUACCCCCGAAUCUUCGAAAGAACAAUUCGUAUACGCCGUGACAUCUACAGCAACGUUUACAUGCAGGAAUCGAGAAAAUUAAAAGUGAUGGAGGUAGGAGAUUGGACCUUAGAACUUAAUUCUGAAAGUAAUUUGGUUGUGGCGCCUGCCCUGCGGACCGAAUGGGUCGACAGUAAUGGCAACGUUACCUUCAAGGAUCUUCAUCAAUGUGAUUAUAAAUUAGGGGUAGUUAGUAGCCUUGAGACGUUCUCGAGGGUUGCGGUGACAUUUUGCGGACGUUAUGUAAUCGGAUACAUCGCUGUGGGUGACUUGGUGUUUUUCCUGCAACCGACCAAUGGGACCCAAGGAGAGCAUCGGCUCUACAGUAAAAGUCGUCUAAAACGCCAUUCUGACGACAUUUACUUUGAGCCACCCCAACCAGAACAGUGGCUUUUUAAUUUAACGGGAGACGUGAUCGACAUAGAAGGGAACGUUGGAUCUAUACGAGAUAACGCAACUGAAGAUGACCUAGAAAGUAUUGUAGAAGAGAAAUUUCCUACGUCUCCCCAUUUAAGCUGGCGUCGCGAACAAUUAGAAGACGAAGAGUUGGGAUAUUUUUAUGAUACGGCUUGGACAGCUGACUCCCCAAAAACUCGUAAAUCUGGAGGAUCUCGCUUGCCCCCGAGAUGGCUGGAAAUUGCACUCGCUGUUGACCAUACCCUAAUACAGUUUCAUGGGAAGGAUAAAGUCGAGCAGUAUGUCCUGGCCUUGAUGAAUAUUGUGAAUGCUAUCUACCAGGACCCAUCCUUGGAGGCCAACAUGCGAUUAGUCGUGACGAGAUUAUUACUUUACGAGCACCGGAAGCAAUCAAUCGUGCGUCCAGGCGAUGCGAAGAAAUCCCUCGAAAACGCCAAUAGUUGGAAUAAUCGUCUUCACAUGUCCUUGGCUCCGGGGGAGCCUCAUCACGAUGUCGCCGUCUGGUUGACUCGUUUGGACAUCGGGGGUCCUUCAGGCUACGCCCCUGUUGCUGGAGCUUGUGAUCCCAAGAGAAGUUGCGCUUUGAACCGAGACGAAGGUCUGACAAGUGCCUUCAUCAUAGCCCACGAAAUGGCUCAUGUCUUAGGUCUAAGUCACGACGGCGAUAAGAAACACUCUAAUCACUGCGGAGACGAAUCGGCCAAAGGAAGUGUAAUGGCCCCUCUGGUGGCCGCCACGUUCCAUCAGUUUUUCUGGUCGCAAUGCUCGAGAAAUGAGUUCAAAAAAAUCGUCAAGAAAUGGACGUGUUUAUCGAAUUCGCCGGCUACAAACGGAGAAAUUGUUUUAAAUGCUACUCUACAGAACGCUUUCAGCAUGGAUGAGCAAUGCCGAAUGGAGUUCGGCGACGGAUUUAGUUUGUGCAGGGCAUUUGAUAUAAUAGAACCGUGUUCACAUCUGUGGUGCGGCCACGAAAGGGCUCCUCUAGUUUGCAAGACCAAGAAAGGAUCUCCUUUAGAAGGCACGCAAUGUGGAUUCAAUAAGUGGUGUUGGAACGGGUAUUGCGAAGAUAUGGAUAAAAAAAAUUCUGGUCAUAUCCCCAUAAUACUGAAUCCGCAGGACGGAGGGUGGAGUAACUGGAGUCCCUGGGGCCCAUGUUCGAGAUCUUGCGGUACGGGAGUUCAAUUCCAAAUAAGGAAAUGUAAUAAUCCCACUCCCUCACACGGUGGGAAUAACUGCGAGGGAGUAGCGGAAAAAUGGAGAAUAUGUAACAAUAAGCCAUGUCCCGAGCCGCUGGGGGAUAUGAGGGCUCAGCAGUGUAAACGACUGCCUAAAUUAUUGGAUCUGAGUGAAACGCGAGUAGGAAAUAUGACUUGGUUACCAUACGAGAGCGAGGAUCUGGAUAAGAAGUGUAAGCUGAUUUGUAUCAGCGAAAAUACGAAAGAACUGUUCGAGAGUUCGGAGAAUUUAAUCGACGGGACGCCUUGUUCAUAUGAAAACUCGGACAACAUUUGUAUUCAAGGCAUCUGUCAGUUUCUCGGUUGCGACGGUCAAUUAUUCUCUAAAGUGAAAACCGAUAUGUGUGGAGUUUGCGGCGGAAAUAAUUCCAAUUGUUCCAAUAUAGAAUCGAUUUUCCGGCGAAAGCUCAAGAGAGAAGUUAGCAGAGUUGCUGUUUUGCCGCGAAUGGCAACAAGAAUCAAAUUAGAAGCCAAUGUCAGCAUGCAUAAUCAGGACGAACCUUCCGUCGCGUUUAUCCUGAAAAAUCGCAGAAAAAAGAAAUACACGAUUACCGUCCCUAACACGGGAUUACGGACAGAUAUCAUCGAAGGCACGAAAUUCUAUUACGAGAAAACCAAAAACAAACACAAGAUUUGGGCUAAUGGUCCAGUUCUAGCCGAAAUGGUGAUCCUCGUAUACGCUCCAAUUAGUGAGAUUGAGGAGGGCUUGAACGUGUCUCUCCGCUCAGAAUACAUCAUUAACAAAGAUGUAUCUAUUUCGUCGACUAGAUUUAAGUGGAUAUUGGGUGGUUGGGGUCCAUGUUCAGCGAGUUGUGGCGGCGGCCGCCGGCAAAAGACCGUUGCCUGUUGGGAUAACCACAAUCAGAAGUUAGUAAGAAGAAAACACUGCUCUUUGAUGACGAAACCAACUUUGACAACUGAGAAAUGCAAUACGUUCGAUUGUCAUUUUCAGUGGGUUUCCGGAAAAUGGGAACCUUGUAGCGCGACGUGUGGCUUAACCGGAGUUCAACAUAGAGAAAACUAUUGCGUACCUCAAGCCAUGCUAAAUAAAAUUAAUUUUUCGAAUAAUACAUGGCGAUAUAUGGUAAAUCCGAAGAAAUGUCUAGGAGUUACCCCUCUGUCUAAACGUCCAUGUAACAGAAUUCCGUGUUUGUCCUACUGGACUUACGGUGAAUGGUCACAGUGUUCCGAAAGCUGUGGAAAAGGAUUAUCUUUUCGUUCGUCGUAUUGUCCUCCACCGGAAAACCAGCACUUUUACACGUGUGGCGAAGCACCUCCACCCAGCCAGAAACGGCAUUGUCAAAAUCACACCAAAUGGACGAAUCUCGCUUGCAAAAAACGAAGGCACAAACCGUGUCUCGAGGAUAAAUCAGAUUUCUGUUCUUUGGAGAUUUUGGCAAAGUAUUGUAAAGUUGGGGGUUUCAGAAGAAUGUGUUGCAAGUCUUGUGCUAACUUUAAAUUAAUCAGUUUUAUAAAUAUAAAAAGCAACAGCACUAUUACAUAAUAUGUAUUAUUCAAUUGUGCUAAUGUUUGUUUGUACAAUAAAACUUUC